UUCCCCCAAUUCCCCAAGCAGCCGCGAAGAGAGAUCCCGCGCUCAACCACCGCUUCUCGGCCGCGGCCUCCCUCGGCCCCUCCCUUCCUCCUUCCCUCCGGUGGCCGCCGGGGACGGGGAGCGAAGAAGACUCCCUUCCUCCUUCCCUCCGUUGGCCGACGGGGACGGGGAGCGAAGAAGACUCCCUUCCUCCUUCUCUCCGGUGAUAGCCGGGGACGGGGAGCGAAGAAGACUCCCUUCCUCCUUCCCUCCGGUGGUAGCCGGGGACGGGGAGCGAAGAAGCCUCCCUUCCUCCUUCCCUCCGGUGGUCGCCGGGGACGGGGAGCGAAGAUGUUCUAUGGGGCCAUGGUGUGGGACCCGUGGCUGAUCGUGUCGCAGAUCGUGUGCCUGCAGUGCCUCUACUACCUGUCGCUGGGCGUCGCCAUGGCGCUCCUCGUCGGCACCCGCGUCCCGCGACUCACCCUCCUCUACCUCUUCGACUUCGCCACGCUCACCCCGCGCACCCCCACGGGUUGGUGCGCCAUCGCAUCAUUCCUCCUCGCCGCCGUCGCAGGAGCUGGGUUCAUGCUUUAUGUGAUUGAGAGAGCCAAGAAGUGCCUGGACUUUGCAGCAACACUCUACAUAAUCCAUCUCUUCAUUUGCAUUGUGUAUGGUGGAUGGCCAGCUUCAAUUACAUGGUGGGUUGUUAACAUCACUGGUUUGGCAAUCAUGGCUCUCUUGGGUGAAUACCUAUGCAUUCGGCGGGAGUUGAAAGAAAUUCCAAUAUCACGUCUUCGUGCAAGUGUUUAAUCUCACAUGCUAAAAGAGUAUAGGUGAUUUCAAAUGGUGUUAUCCCAGGAGGUGCUUGUUAAUAUGUUUCUUAAGGAAUACAAUGACUCGCAAUGAAGGCUUUGUUCUGUUAUUUCCAAUGGAUACUUCUCAAACUUUGCAUAGAGCGUUCAUCUGAUGCCCAAUCUCCCAGUAGACCAUGAUAAACUGAUUGAUCUCAGAGUUCCGACCAACGGAAAUGGCAGCUCAGUCUCAAAAUCAUACAUUCAAGUCCUCCCUUGCCCCUUAUGAAAAAGAGUUCCAGGCCUUCCUCUUAUGAAAAAAAAAAGUUCCCCUUGCCUAUGUUCUAGCUACAGUUUGCUGCUUGACAAUGUAUGUCUAGAUAUCAACAUGUGCAUUCUUUAGUAAUAUAUUCUUCUUAAUACAUGCAAGCACCCAUGGACUCUUGUCUAGAUGUAUCUUGCAAAUAAUAUAUCUAGUGCUAUAUGCUAAUUCAUGCUA